CUCCGCCCCCGGCUCGAGGCUUUUGUAAAGGGUCACGUUGCGCUGCAGCAGUGAGACAGGAGACCGUCCCGCACCAUCCGCACACUCUUCGCUUAGACUCCCAUCAGCAGCCACCAUGACUCACCAGUAUCCCGCACUGACUCCUGAGCUGAAGAAGGAGCUGCAGGAAAUCGCUCAGAGGAUAGUAGCUCCAGGAAAGGGCAUCCUCGCAGCUGAUGAGUCCACCGGGAGCAUGGCCAAACGCUUGAACCCCAUCGGGGUUGAGAACACAGAGGAGAACAGGCGCCGCUACCGCCAGCUGCUCUUCACAGCCGACCAGCGCAUCGACAGCUGUAUCGGCGGGGUCAUCUUCUUCCAUGAAACCCUCUACCAGAACACAGACGAUGGCACUAACUUCGCUAAGCUCAUCAAAGACCGCGGCAUCGUUGUUGGCAUCAAGGUGGACAAAGGUGUUGUGCCCCUCGCUGGAACAAAUGGAGAGACCACCACUCAGGGUCUGGACGGGCUGUCCGAGCGUUGCGCGCAGUACAAGAAGGACGGUGCAGACUUUGCCAAGUGGCGCUGUGUGCUGAAGAUCAGCGAGACCACGCCGUCUGAGCUGGCCAUCUUUGAGAACGCUAAUGUACUUGCACGAUAUGCUAGCAUCUGCCAGCAGAAUGGUAUUGUUCCUAUUGUGGAGCCUGAGAUCCUUCCUGAUGGAGAACAUGACCUGAAGCGUUGCCAGUACGUCACUGAGAAGGUCCUAGCUGCAGUGUACAAGGCUCUGUCAGACCACCAUGUGUACCUGGAAGGGACACUGCUGAAACCCAACAUGGUCACACCCGGACACUCCUGCCCCACCAAGUACAGCAGCGAGGAAAUCGCCAUGGCUACUGUCACCGCUCUGCGUCGCACUGUGCCUCCUGCAGUCACAGGAGUGACAUUUUUGUCAGGCGGCCAGUCCGAAGAGGAGGCCAGUGUGAACCUUAAUUCCAUUAACAACUGUCCGCUCGCCAAGCCCUGGGCCCUGACUUUCUCCUAUGGCCGCGCCCUGCAGGCCUCUGCCCUGAACGCAUGGAAAGGAGAGCUGAACAACGAGAAGGCCGCCACCGAGGAGUUCAUCAAACGUGCCGAGGCAAAUGGUCAGGCUUCACUCGGCAAGUACGAGUCUUCCGGUACCGCAGGCUCUGCAGGAAAAUCCCUCUACGUGGCAAAUCACGCCUACUAAACAUCAAACGACCACAUUCAGCUGUGGCCUAGUUAUAGUCUUAUAUCUGCUCUGCUAUUCCCCCUCAUUCCUCCAUCAAUCACAGGCCUGCGCUGUCUACUGUACUUUAGAGUUGUCAGAGUUAUUAAAAUGAAAUUAUUAGAAAUGUGUAUUUAAAGACAAUGUGAAACUACUAUACUAAAGGGAACAGGCUUGUUUUUUUCUAUCCGAUCAAACAAUCAGACACUGAGACAAUUUAUGAUUGAAUUGGAAGUAUUUAAUAUCAUGUCUAGCUGUCUGUCUAAACUCUAGAGGCUGCAAAAUGUUAACAGUAAAUCAACAAUCAGUCAGUGUUUAAUUCACGCCUCUUCUUAACUGCACCUGUCUCCACACUAGAUCCUUUCUCUUCCACAUGAUAACUCUUGAGACACUCCAGAUCAGCAUGUGUGUUUUGGUGUUUUGCGGUGUCGGCUCACGCUUUAAACGCUAUACUAACAUCCUCCCUGAAAGUGGGACCAACCGAUUAUCAGUGGCGUCAGUACAUCCGUUAAGGGGACAAGAUGACAGUGUGAAAGUGUAUUGCAUUGAUCUUUUGAGCGACUGUCCAAAGGUGUUGAGUGCUCAAUAUUGUACUUUCAGACAGCUGUAACUCCAGCAGAGGUCAGUAGAUACAGUGUAUUAGACCACUGCACACCAGGAUUCAUCCUAAUGAUUCAUCCUAUCUUUCUGUUCUCACGCUUCUAAUUGCCACUAAUCAGAGAAACAUCUUGUGUGUCUAUUCUCAGUAUAACAUUAUCUUUAAAUUACACAGUCAAUGUAUUCAGUUGUGUGAAGGUGUCGAUAUUAUGUGAUGCUUGUGUGUCAUUCCCUUCCUCUGGUUCCCCCUGGCCUGCCCCACGGGAAGAGGAGAUGGUUUCUAUUGACGUACCUAUUGAGUGGACCAAUCCGUGGGGUUAUCGGCAGGGGAAUCAGUCACUGCUGUGUUGGAAUACUGUGAUGUUUGUGAUGUUAAUAUUGUUCUUGAAGCACUUGGUGUGUCAAAUAGUGGAGAAAAAUAAACUAAAAUAAAAAUUAAAA